CAGGCUCCCUCACUCCACCACUAGCACUUGUCUCGUUGAGCCCGCCCCUUGCUCGGGAGAGCUCGAGCCUUGUGGCAGCCGCAGAGCCCACCACCACCACCAGUUGACUGUCUGAGCAAACCCCACUCCUCUUUGCAGUAUGCAAUGUUGUCCAGGGAUUCCGCAAAACGUUCACGUCCUGGUCCCGCCAGUUUACCGGCCAGAAACAAGACUUGCGGAUAACGGUAUUGGAUGUGGCACCCAGACUGUAGGCGCUUGAGCGAGGGAACACGCUGGAGUGAGCGGAGCACGGUAUUCAGCCUGCCGCUCUCCACAAUGUGGAUAAUCAUGCAUGUGCUCUUCGGGGGGCUAGGGUUUCUACUGGUCGCUGAUUUACUGAAUACGGUGGCAACCACGGAGAUAUUGCAUGUGAAUACAAGCAGAGUGGCAUCAGAGGAGCUCCGCGCGUAUGAGAUUAUUACCCCGGUGAGAGUGAAUGAAGCAGGCGGCCAGUUCCCGACGAGUGUGCACUUCAAGAGGAAGCGGCGUAGUUUGGACCGGGACGCCAGCAACACCACGGACCAAUGGGCCUCGUCCAACAUCCACUACAGGAUAUCUGCGUUCGGGCAGGACUAUCACCUGAACCUCACGCUGGAGUCUGGAUUUAUCGCACCGAUGUACACCGUGACCGUUCUUGGAGUACCGAGAGGAGGGAGCAACAUAACGGAUUUCUGGGGUGGAGGAGGAGAGGGGGAAGUGGAUGAGGAGGACACCGAGUUGAACCACUGUUUCUAUAAAGGACAUGUGAACGCUCACGCAGAACACGCCGCGGUCAUCAGUCUUUGCUCCGGACUGCUGGGCACAUUCACGUCUCUGGAAGGGGAGUACUUUGUGGAACCCCUCCACAGCUACGAAGGAGAGCACUAUGAGGAAGAACACAUGAAACCUCACAUUGUGUACAGGAAGAGCGCUCCCAAGGAGAAGAGGGAGGGGGAGGAGCCGGCCUGUGACACCUCAGGUCACAAACACAGACACAAGAGGCACAGGCCCAGGCGCCCAGGGGCCGGGGUGACCGGGGCCCCCGGCCUGUCCCCACCCAUCCUGGGGAGCGCCAUCCUCAGCGACCUGGAGAGGCUGAGCUCCGGGCUGCUCGGCGGCGCCCUGACCCGGGCGGAGAGCCCCGCCGGCAGGGUGGCCAGUCGAGCGUCAAACGACGGCAGCGGCGACUCGGGACCCCACCGGAGGUCAAAGCGCUUCCUCUCCUACCCACGCUUCGUUGAGGUCAUGCUGGUGGCGGACAGCAAGAUGGUGGAGCACCACGGCAGCAACCUCCAGCACUAUAUCCUCACGCUCAUGUCCAUCGUGUCCUCCAUCUACAAAGACCCCAGCAUUGGAAAUCUGAUCAACAUUGUGAUCGUGAAGCUGGUCAUAUUAAACAACGAGUUGGACGGUCCAGUCAUCUCUUUUAACGCACAGACCACGUUGAAAAACUUCUGCAUUUGGCAGCAGAGUCAGAACAUUGUGGAUGACAGCCACCAUUCACACCACGACACAGCCAUCCUCAUCACCAGACAAGACAUCUGCAGAGCCAGGGAUAAGUGUGACACUCUGGGCCUUGCAGAGCUGGGUACUGUGUGUGAUCCGUACAGGAGCUGCAGCAUCAGUGAGGACAACGGACUCAGCACUGCCUUCACCAUCGCCCAUGAGCUUGGCCACGUGUUUAACAUGCCCCAUGAUGACAGCAACAAGUGUAAAGAGGAUGGAGUGAAGAUCCAGCAGCACGUGAUGGCCCCCACCCUAAACUACAACACCAACCCCUGGAUGUGGUCCAAGUGUAGCAGGAAGUACAUCACAGAGUUCCUUGACACCGGGUAUGGUGAGUGUUUGCUGGAUGAGCCAGUCUCUCGGCCAUACAGCCUCUCCCAGCAACUGCCGGGGCGCAUAUACAACGUCAAUAAACAGUGUGAACUGAUUUUUGGGCCUGGGACACAGGUGUGCCCUUAUAUGAUCCAGUGUCGCAGGCUGUGGUGCAUGAGUCCAGAGGGGCCGCAGAGGGGCUGUCGUACGCAGCACAUGCCCUGGGCGGACGGGACAGAGUGCUCCCCUGGAAAGGCAACUAUCCCACUGCACUGCAGCUAUGCCAUAUAUAGCCCUGGCCAAACCUAGCCCCCCCCCCCCCCCCCCAGCCUAGCCCACGAGCCAUGCACCGUGACCCAUAAGACACAUGUUUGCGUGGGUGAAUGCGUGAGGACUGGCGGCUGGCUGGAUGGUCGUUUAUCAUGGCGCCCCUUCCCCCCCAGGCCAAGGAGCGGGGGGCAGUACUGCGUGGGCCGCAGGAUGAAGUUCCGCUCCUGCAUCGAGCCGUGCUCCAAGCAGAAGAAGGACUUCAGGGAGGAGCAGUGCGCCUCCUUCGACGGCCGGCACUUCAACAUCAACGGCCUACCUCCAAACGUCCGCUGGGUGCCCAAGUACAGCGGCAUUCUGAUGAAGGACAGGUGUAAGCUGUUCUGCAGGGUGUCCGGCAGCACGGCCUACUACCAGCUCAGGGACCGGGUCACAGACGGCACGCCGUGUGGACCAGACACCAAUGACAUCUGUGUCCAAGGCCUGUGCAGGCAAGCAGGCUGUGACCACGUACUCAAUUCCAAAGCCAGGAGGGACAAAUGUGGCGUGUGCGGAGGCGACAACUCCUCUUGCAAAACCAUUGCAGGCACCUUCAACAUUGUCCGCUACGGAUACAAUGAGGUGGUGCGAAUUCCAAGCGGCGCGACGAACAUAGACGUGCGUCAACACAGUUACUCAGGGAAACCAGAAGAUGACAACUACCUUGCCAUCUCAAACAGCCGGUCAGAAUACCUGCUCAACGGGGAGUUUGUGGUGAGCAUGUUCAAAAGGGAAAUCAAAGUGGGCAACGUGGUCAUCGAAUACAGCGGCUCGGACCACGUCGUGGAGAGGAUCAACUGCACUGAACGCAUCGAGGAGGACAUCAUUGUUCAGGUGCUGUCGGUGGGAAACCUUUACAACCCAGAUGUGAGGUUCUCCUUUAACAUCCCCAUCGAGGACAAACCGCAGCAGUUCUUCUGGGACGCCUACGGACCUUGGCAGGACUGCAGCCGCCUGUGCCAAGGGGAGCGCAAGCGGAAGAUAGGAUGCAGCCGAGAGUCGGACAGGGUGGUGGUGUCGGAGCAGAGGUGUGACGGGACAGCCAGACCUGCAGUGAUCACCGAGCACUGCAACACAGAGUGCGAACUCAGAUGGGAGGUGGCCCGUAAGAGCGAGUGCACGGCGCAGUGUGGCGUGGGCUACCGCACCCUGGAGAUCCACUGUGUCAAGGUCAGCCACAGCGACGGCAAGAGCCAGAAGGUGGACGACCGCUACUGCAGCAACCAGCACAGGCCAGGGGACAAGGAGGGUUGUCACGGGGACUGCAGCCCGGGGGGCUGGGAGUACUCGUCCUGGUCCGAGUGCACCAAGACCUGCGGGGGGGGCACCCGGCAUCGAGGGGCUUCGUGUGGGACCGAUGAAAGCAAGUGUAACCAGAGGGACAAGCUGAAUGUCCAGCCCUGCAACGAGUUCCUCUGUCCACAGUGGAAGACCGGUGAAUGGUCUGAGUGCCUGGUGACCUGUGGGAAGGGCUACAAGCACCGGCAAACCUGGUGUCAGUUUGGUGAGGACCGGCUAGACGACCGCUUCUGCGACUCCUCCAAGCCUGAGUCUGUGCAGUCCUGUCAGCAGCAGGAGUGUGCGUCCUGGCAGGUCGGGCACUGGGGACAGUGCACGACCUCGUGUGGCCAGGGCUACCAGAUGCGGGCGGUGAAGUGUGUGGUGGGCUCCUACGGUGGAGUCAUGGAUGACAUGGAGUGCAACGCAGCCACACGGCCCACCGACACACAGGACUGUGAGCUGGCCCAAUGUCCCAGCAGCCACCCUGUCCCACCAGGCACCAAGACUCCCUCCAACCAGGGACACAAGACACAGUGGCGGUUUGGCUCCUGGACACAAUGUAGCGCAAGUUGCGGCAAAGGCACGCGGAUGCGCUACGUGAGUUGCCGCGACAACCAGGGCGGGGUCGCGGAGGAGUCUGCCUGUGCCCACCUCCAGAAGCCUCCGGCGCGGGAGGUGUGCACCGUGGUGGCGUGCGGACAGUGGAAGGUUCUAGAAUGGACCGCGUGCUCGGUGUCCUGCGGCCAGGGGAAGACCACGCGUCAGGCGCUGUGCGUUAACUUCAACGACCAGGAGGUGAACAUGUCCGAGUGUGACCCGGAAGACCAGCCCCCCAUCGAACAGGACUGCGCCAUGUCCCAGUGCCCGUCCCGCUCCGGGGACCCCCGCUCGCUGCCCUCCCUGCCCGGCGGGGGCCCCAGGAACAACCUGCCACGCUCCCAGGCCGACCAGUGGAGGACGGGACCCUGGGGAGCGUGCUCCAGCACGUGCGCGGGGGGGUUCCAGCGCCGGGUGGUGGUCUGCCAGGACGAGAACGGCUACUCUGCCAACAGCUGUGAGGAGCGCAGCAAGCCCAUCCAGCAGCGCUCCUGCGAGUCCGGGCCCUGCCCGCAGUGGGUGUACGGCAACUGGGGAGAGUGCACCAAGCCGUGCGGAGGCGGGGUGAAGACCAGGCUGGUGGUUUGCCAGCGCCCUAACGGCGAGCGCUUUAACCACCUGAGCUGCGAGAUCCUGGACAAACCGCCGGAUCGCGAGCAGUGCAAUACUCAGUCGUGUUCGGCGAACCCGCACUGGAGCACGGACCCAUGGAGCUCGUGUUCGGCCUCCUGCGGAAAAGGCUUCAGGAACCGCCCGGUGAGCUGUGUGACCGGGUCAGGGCUCCCUCUCCCGGAGGAGGACUGCCGGCUGCGGCCCAAGCCUGCCAGGCAGAGGCGCUGCCGCGGGAGCCGCUGCCCCAAGUGGAAGACGGGCGGCUGGGCAGAGUGUUCAGCGACAUGUGGCACCGGUACGCAGCGGCGCGAGGUCUCCUGUCGGCUCGGAAACCGGCGGAGUCCAGACGGGACAGAGUGCUCCCAGCGCUCGCGACCGGCUUCCGGUCAGCCGUGCAGCGUUACCGAGUGUCCCUCGCUGUACCAAUGGCGGGAAGAGGAAUGGCAACCAUGCAGUAAGUCAUGCGGGACGGGCCAUCGGCGACGGGCCUUGCAGUGUGUGGACCAGCUGGGGAAAGAGGUCCAUGACAUGUUCUGUGCAAGCCAGGUCCGAGCCCCGGACUCGGAGCCCUGUAACAGCCACCCUUGUGAUUUUGUCUGGGUCACCGGGGAUUGGACUGACUGUUCAGCCAGCUGUGGCGAGAGCUUCCGCCGGCGUCUUGUUUCCUGCAGUGAGGUGCAUUCUGGGAAUUCUGACAACUAUGAGUACGGACAUCAGUCUUCUUCAAACUGCCCCGGGACGCGCCCUGAGAGCUACUCGCCCUGUACUGUGGGCCCCUGCCUGGCGCCGCAGGAAUGGAGGGCCGGAACCUGGGGGCCGUGCUCGGUGAGUUGUGGUGCUGGGGUGAUGGAGAGGAAUCUACAGUGUGAGACGGCAGACGGUCAGCAGGUCACCAGGUGUUCCCCUGACGCCAUGCCAGAGAGGAGGAAGGUCUGCAGCAACCUGGACUGCCAUUUGCCUGUGAGCUGCCGGGACGUCCAGAGACUGCAUGGACGCGUCCCAGAUGGCGAGCACUUUCUCAGAAUUCAUGGGAAAGCACUCAAGGUCUACUGUGCUGGCCUCCAGACAGACACGCCGCAGGAGUACCUCACCCUGACCGCUGGGGAACGGGAGAACUUCUCUGAGGUCUUUGGCUUCAGACUGAUAGACCCCACCCAGUGUCCAGCAAACGGCUCGAUCAGAGAGGACUGUGAGUGCAAGAAGGACUACAGCACCGCUGGCCUCUCCGCCUUCUCCAAGGUCCGCCUGGACCUCAGCAAGAUGCACAUCAUCACCACAGACUGGCAGUUUGCAUCCACCCAUGAAGGCCAGCGAGUUCCCUUUGCAACAGCUGGAGACUGCUUUAGCGCCGCCCGCUGUCCACAGGGGCAAUUCAGAGUUAACCUCUCAGGUACAGGCCUGCAGGUGACCCAGGACGCUCACUGGAUCAACCAGGGCAACUAUGCAGUGGCUGAGAUCAGUAGAUCAGAGGAUGGCAGCAGAGUUACAGGAAUGUGCGGCGGAUACUGUGGAACAUGUACUCCCUCCUCCUCCAGCCUAGCAGUCAUACUGGAAUAGAAUCCACCACAUCAAACAGGUCUUUUUCAGGUGUUCAUAUCGGGCCAGUAGGUGCCUUCCUGUUCAGUGGUGCUAAAGCUGUCUCAGUCACAGUCUCUACUCUGUCCACCAGAUGUCCUCGUCUCACACAAUGUGUACAUAAUGUAAAAGAAUAUGCUGUAAGUACUGUAUAAAUAUAUUUAUUAUAUAAUGCUUUUCUUUCCUUGUUAUAUCAUAAUGUAACUUGUUUGUUAAAUUGGCGUGUGUGAGGCAAAACCUGCUCUAUGUUGUUUAUUUCUGGCAAUAUGGGCCAUUUUGUCUUGUUGAAGCCAUUGUGGUACAUCCACACAUCCACUGUUCACUAGUGUUGGUAUAGCUAUAAGUAGCAAAUCUUCUGAUGUUGAUUGGCUGCUGGUCACCAUCCUAGUUUGUCUCUAUCUCUGCUCACUUUCUCAGCUCAAACUGCCCUUUAUAGCAUCACACUGUUACCCACUCACAGUUUGCCAGUGUUACCAAGGUAUCACCCAAUCAAAGCCUUUAACGAAUACCUCAUGGGCAGCUAUGUUCAGUCUUGUGCUUUUCUUCUACAGUAAUUGUAGACUGACUGCUGUCUCUAUUCUUGAUACUGUGUAUCCAAUAGUGGAGAACAUCUGUGUGUCAGCAUUGUUAUGACAGUCUUACUCUGGGAAAUACUGUACACAUAGUCUUAUGGUCAUGGUGCUACUAAUGUUGCAUAUAUGAGGAGGCAAGACAUGUGCUAAACUUUAACACUAAUACACCUGUCUAUAUACACUCUAUAUACUGUAUAUAUACACACUAUAUAAAACAUUAAGGAGAAUAUAAUUAUAUUAUAUUAUGUUAUAGUAGGAAUUAUAUAUAAUUCCACAAACAUCUUCUUUGCAAUCGUUCACAUAUUUAACACAGAAGCAUGUUCAUACACUCACACACACAAGGGGCAAGCGCACACACACACACACACACACACACACACACACACACACACACACAUAGUGUACACACAGGCACAAUUGACCGUUGACACGGGAGUACGGCUCAGCGGGCUCAAGGCACCGUCGGGAUGAGACGGGCAGACAUCAGAGGGGGAUCACGUCCCCCCUGUGGGGGGGGGGGCCUGUCUCUCAGGUGGAGCACAGGGACACAAGGGAGAGCUAGCAACGUUUAGCCUUUAGCCACGCAGUCAGAUCUGUAGCGCUGGAGCAACAUGAAAGAGCUCUGCGUGCACCUCAGGCCAGGCAGGACGCGUCGGCCUCCAGCCGCUCUCUCCAGCGGCCCAGUCUGUCCACGCAGCCUUGAGCUCCGUGUCUGUCUGGCCACGCCUCCUCACGAAACACUUGUGAACGGUACCUCACGUCCCUUUUGUAUCCACCGUUGUGUUCAACUCAUCGCUGCCCACACUUAUGCGUUUAACUUUUGCAGCAAUAUCAGGGUACUUAUAUCGUUUUUUUUUACUUUUUUUGUGUUCGUUUUUUUACUUAUUGAGAACAAUUUUUGAGGAACCAUAUGUACGUUAUACAUUUUGUGAAUUAAGGUCUGAAUAGUCUUUGAAAUGGAAGCAGGUCAUGUAAAAUAACA